GGGCGCGGGGCGGGGGGCGGUCGCUGGGCUGGGCUGGGCUGGGCUGGCUGGGGCGGCUUCCCUUCCCUUCCCUUCCCUUCCUCGCUUGGCCUCCUUCCUCGCUGCAACCCUCUAAUUGGAGCCAGACCCCGCGCCGACCACGUCUCCUCUCCGGGCAAAGGGGCCGACGCGCCGGAGCAGCAGCCGCCGACCCAGCCCGCCCGCCCGCCCGCCCGGCCCCGAUCCCGGCCCCUGCAGCCGCUUUCCUGCACCGCCAGCCAGCCAGCCAGCCAGCCAGCCUUGCAGCGCGGGGUGCCGCGGAGGCGCGAUGGGUGGGUGGGCGGCCGUCCUGCGCCUGCUGCCCGUGGGCCUGGCCUUGGGCGCCCUCCUGCAGCCCGGCUCGUCCAGCCCCCGCUUCAGCCCGGAGGCCUGGCUGCAGCAAUAUGGCUACCUGCCGCCCGGAGACCUGCGCACGCACACCCAACGCUCCCCACAAUCGCUUUCGGCCGCCAUUGCCGCGAUGCAGCGGUUCUACGGGCUCCAGGUGACGGGCAAGGCCGACUCCGAGACCAUGACAGCUAUGAAGAAACCUCGCUGUGGUGUACCAGAUAAAUUCGGGGCAGAGAUUAAGGCCAAUGUACGGCGCAGACGCUAUGCCAUCCAGGGACUGAAAUGGUCGCACUAUGACAUCAGUUUUUGCAUCCAGAAUUACACGCCCAAAGUGGGGGAGCAGGCGACAUUCAGCGCCAUCCGGCGUGCCUUCACCGUGUGGCAGUCGGUGACGCCGCUGCGCUUCCGCGAGGUGCCCUACUCGGCUGUGCGCGAAGGCCGAGAGCCGCAGGCCGACAUCAUGGUCUUCUUUGCCGAGGGUUUCCACGGCGACAGCACUCCCUUUGAUGGCGAAGGAGGCUUCUUGGCUCACGCCUUUUUCCCGGGGCCCCACAUAGGCGGUGACACCCACUUCGAUGCCGCGGAACCCUGGACGUCCCGCAACGACGACUUUACUGGUGAGCCGCUGUUACGGAAAUCCCUGGGGAUUUGGGGGCAGGCAGAUUUUGGGCUUGAUUGUGGAGGCCGGCUGGGAGAAAACUAA